GACUCAGGCUUCAAAAACAGCAGCACCCAGAGGACCAGGACCAGAGACAAGCCCAGAACCAAGACCAGGACCAGCAGAAGACACCAGACCAGCAGACAGUAUGCAGUGCACACGUUGUCCCGCCAUCUUCAUUCUUGGGGUGUUGGUUCUGUGCAGUCCAGUCUCCUCUCAGCCAGACAGAGACCAAGACCAGUACCAGAACCAAGACCUGGACUUGGAGCUGCGUCACCACCCGCUGCUGCAGAGAGCUCGGAGCGCGGGGUUCCUGUCACAGGAGUGGAGUAAACGUGCGGUGGAGGACCUGCUGGCUCAGAUGUCUCUGCCUGAGGCCGACGCCCAGAGGGAAGCUGAGGUGGUUUCCACAGCAACGGGAGGAAGGAUGAACCUGGAGCGGUCCGUCGACCCCCCUAACAACCUGCCCCCCCGCGAACGCAAAGCCGGGUGCAAGAACUUCUACUGGAAAGGCUUCACUUCCUGCUAAUGCUCCGCCCAGCUGAGGCCACACCUUCAGCGGACCAACUGACCAAUCCCAGAUCAUCUGGCCUUCACCUGAGCAACUGGAUGAACCAAUCAGCAGCUGUCUGGCUGCAGUGUACCUGAAUAAUUAAUGUAAUUAUCAAUUAAAGAGAGAAAUCAUUCCAGCUUGUGGCUCCGGCUCCAUCUGUCCUGAGUUUGACUGAUCGGAUUAUUGAUUAUAACUUGUUUAUUAAAGAUUAUAGAAUCAGA